AUGUUCUCGCCUCUGAUUGCUGGGAUUGUUGUAUUGCUUCUAUUCUUUGUUUGGAACAGACUCAUUUACCACCGAACGAAGCAAUACGCUGGUUUCCCUCAGACUCCGCCAUCACGAAUAUGGGGCCAUUUGUCCACACUCAUUCAACUUAUGAAGACAAGCAAAUCGAAUAGCCACUUUGACGAAGCGUUCAAGAAAGUCUAUGAUCGCCUCGGCAGUCCCCCCGCGUUUCUUCUGGAUUUGCGACCAUUCAGCUCUCCUAUAUGUGUUGUCUGCAGGCACGAAGUCGCAGAGCAGAUAACUACAAGCUCGAAGCUUUUCCAAUACAGUCUCCCUAAGUCGCGCCUAACGGGGUUGGUCAGUGAAAUCACGGGCCUAACAUCGAUCAUCCUUGCCGAGGACAAUAAUUGGAAAGCCUUGCGCAAGCAGCUCAACCCAGGGUUCUCUCAUAGCUAUACUGUUAGUCUGGUGCCCUGUAUUCUGGAUAAGACGAAAUUGUUUCUAGCGAAUCUCGAUCAUUAUGCCAGCACUGGUGAAGACUUCUCGCUAGAUCAUCUCUGUACAAAUUUGACAUUUGACAUCAUGGGCGCUGUCACUAUGGAUACCGAUAUGGACGCACAACUCGGAGAAAAGAACCAAACCCCAAUUGUUAGGCUCUUCCGCGAACUUACCUCUGCCUUCAAUUAUCGCAAUGGAAUAUCGGUGCUAUUGCCUUCGUACAAGAGAUGUCGUCUUGUUCGUCACCUCGAUAAGCACAUCAAACAGAAUAUCAAAGCAAAGUUCGAAGAGCAAAAAGCAAAUCCUCAAAACCGGUCUCGCAGUGUCUUAUCCCUAAGUCUGGCCGAACAGAAUGACUUAACUUCCGAGAUUUUGGACCAGACUUGUGAUCAGCUAAAAACCUUCUUAUUGGCUGGUCAUGAUACAACGAGUAUCUUGUUACAAUGGACAUUCUAUGAACUGAGUCGGAAUAUACGCAUAUUAGGACUUGUUCGCCUCGAACUCGACGAGCUUUUUGGCCCUGAGUCGUCUCCGAUCGCCGUCCGAGAUAAGAUCCUUGAAAACACAUAUGACUUUCUUCAAAAUAUGUCGUACACCUCUGCUGUUAUAAAGGAAACCCUUCGUCUACACCCACCAGCUGCCACUGCACGGCAUUCACCACCAAACACAGGGUUUAACGUCCGAUUGCCGAGUGGCCAAACCUUAUGUCUAGACGGAUUGGUCCUUUAUAACUGCCAGAGCAUCAUACAUCAGGAUAGCGAAGUGUAUGGGGAUAACGCCACUGAGUUUAUUCCUGAACGCUGGCUCGAAGCCUCGGAAAUCCCUAUACCGCCGAGCGCUUGGCGACCUUUUGAACGUGGACCGCGGAGGUGUAUUGGGCAAGAAUUUACAAAUAUUGAGGCACUUGUGGUUAUUGCAAGUGUAAUACGGCGAUAUAGUUGGGAAAAAGUCGGACUUGGGGCAACUAAAUGCGAUGAUUCAGGCGAGCGUAUCGUGAAGGCAAACGGGCAAUACGAACUCCAGUCAGAGUUGUACAAUACGAUGGAGUUAACCGCAAAACCCGUGGACGGAAUGAGAAUGCGUGUGAGAAUGGCGGAAACUUGGGCUUGA